CUGGUAGACUCGAACGAUUGCCCUCCUCGCGAAAACCCUACCGCCGCCGCUCUCCGAGCUCCCAAGGCUCCGGAUCCCUCUCCCCUCGCAGUUGCCCCGGUUGUUUGUUGCCCUUGAGAUGGCGGAUGAAGCCCCAGCACAAGUUGCGGCACCUGUUGUGGAGGCACCUACCCCUGUCCUUGGAGAGCCAAUGGACCUGAUGACUGCUCUGCAGCUCGUCAUGAAGAAGUCAAGUGCUCAUGAUGGUCUUGUAAAGGGGCUCCGUGAGGUUGCCAAGGCCAUUGAGAAGCACGUGGCUCAGCUUUGUGUGCUAGCUGAGGACUGUGACCAGCCUGAUUACGUGAAGCUUGUUAAGGCACUUUGUGCUGAGCACAAUGUUCACCUUGUUACAGUGCCAAGUGCUAAGACACUUGGCGAGUGGGCAGGGCUUUGCAAGAUUGACUCUGAGGGCAAGGCAAGGAAGGUUGUAGGCUGCUCCUGUGUUGUCGUCAAGGACUACGGUGAAGAGUCCGAGGGCCUUAACAUUGUUCAGGAGUACGUCAAGUCUCACUAGGUUGAGGAAGUUUAUCAUGCAAAGAACUUGUGUUAGCCAUUUUGGUCCUGCGUUUAAGUUUAUGCUUUGUUCUUGUGCUUGCUGGGAUAUCGUUUCAAAUUUCAACUGUGAGCCUAGCGUUAUUAGUGAUUUGGACCUCUGAACCUUUGUUUAUCAGGCAUACGCUGCUUUUAUGAAUCAGUGACAGCUGGAAAUCUUUA